UUUAAUUACCUAGUUUUGUAAUUGAUCAAGAUGCUGCUGUCAAAGUGUAAUUUGUCAUCGAUACAAAAGAUUGCUUUGUACGAAACCAAAAAUAGCUUUUAUUUAAUUGGAUCAAACGUCACGUUAACGUCGUUCAGAGUACUGCGAAUUGUACGAUCCGAGCCCAAGGAAUUGAAUAUCAUCAACGAUGAAAAGGAGUACACGCAACAGGAGGUACGAGAGAUGGUCAAAGCCAUCGACUCCGAAGGCAACGAUACGUCGAGAAAGCACGGAGUAUCAAAUAUCACGAAAAUCGUAUCCGCCUUUGGAAUAAUUGGCUUCGUACGAUUUCUGGAAGGCUACUACAUCGUCGUGGUGACGAAGCGACGUCGGGUCGCCGUAAUCGGCCAUCACACCAUCUACAAAGUCGAGGACAGCUCGAUGAUCUACAUACCGAACGAGAGCGUCAGGAUAUUUCAUCCGGACGAGCAGAGAUACGUGAAGAUGUUCCAGAGCAUCGAUCUGAGCAGCAACUUUUACUUCAGCUACUCGUACGACUUGACGUCGACUCUGCAGAUAAACGUGAAUCGCAGCGAGGGCUUCGAGAAGAAGCCACACAGACGCUUCAUUUGGAACUCUCAUUUGCUGAAGAAAUUCCAGGACACGAUUCAUCCGAGCUGGCUGCUGUUCUUCAUUCACGGCUUCGUGGGCCAGUCCAACAUCAGCAUCUACGGCCGAUCGACUUACAUCACUUUGAUAGCGCGCAGGAGCAGCAAAUACGCCGGCACUCGAUUUCUCAAGCGUGGAACGAAUUUCAAUGGAGACGUGGCCAACGAGGUCGAGACCGAGCAGAUCGUGCACGACUGCAGCUCGAGCACCCUCAGUCGCGAGUGUCUCAGUAGCUUCGUCCAGCUACGUGGCUCCGUGCCCUGCCACUGGAGCCAGGACAUCAGCAAGAUCGUGCCCAAGCCGACGAUCGCCGUCGAUCUCUCGGACCCGUACGUGGAGACCGCAGCCGCGCACUUUCGCGACCUCCUCGAGCGCUACGGCGCGCCCAUCUUCAUACUGAAUCUCGUGAAGAAGCGCGAGAAGAAGAAGCACGAGAGCCUCCUGAGCGAGGAGCUGCAGUCGUCCGUGGCCUAUCUGAAUCAGUUCUUGUCCUCCAACGACGCCAUACACUACAUCAAUUUUGACAUGGCUAGAAAGAACAAGAGGUAUAUAAAUAUGAGUACAAAGAGAGGAACAAAAAUUGAUAAGUUUAAAUAUUUCAGCAAAAAAUCGAACGUCAUCAGUCGCUUGGCCGACAUAGCCAACUACGCGAUCGCCAAAACGGGAAUGUUCAGAUCGUGGACGCCCAACGACGAUCGAUCCAGCGAAAAAGCCACGACCAAGUCCCUGCAAACCGGCAUCAUCCGCACAAAUUGCGUCGACUGUCUGGACCGAACCAAUACGGCGCAGUUCUCCCUGGGAAAGUGCGCCCUCGGCCAUCAGCUGCAUCAUCUGGGCCUUCUAGAAGCGCCUCAGCUCGAAUUCGACACGGAUUGCGUUCGCAUGCUGGAGGAGCUCUACGAGGAUCACGGUGACACUCUCGCCCUGCAGUAUGGCGGCUCCCAGCUCGUUCACCGAGUCAAGACCUACAGGAAAACGGCGCCCUGGACUAGCCAGGGAAACGACAUAAUGCAGACGCUGAGCAGAUACUACAGCAACACCUUCAGCGAUCAAGAGAAGCAACAGGCGAUUAAUUUGUUCUUGGGUUUAUUCGUUCCGGAAGAAGGAAGAAGUCCGAUUUGGGAAGUGCCGACCGAUUACUACAUUCAUCACAUUGAGACGCGUAUUUUUAAACAUAAUAAAAAAGUUAUAUCCCACUGGUGGGGCGACGGCGAUAACUAUAAGAAUCCCAAUGAUUGUACGGAUCAAACGGAAGAUGAUGUAAAAUCACAGUUCGACGUUUACGAUGACUUUUAUAGACCAUCGGAAUUAUCAUUACUCUCGGAAGUAUAUGGAUAUCAAGUCAGUCAUUCCGUCAGAGAUUUCAUGCCUCAUUUCACGACGGAUUUCAGUCCUUUUAGUAUACGUAUCAGGCCGGGACGAAGAAAAGAGGAGGCCGGUUACAAAAAUCAAACUAAAAAUCCGUCGCUCAGUGGCCACUGCAGUACUCAAUCCAGUGCUAGCUCCAGCGGCACCAGUAGCGACGACGAAGACAGCAUAAGUCGUAGAAGUUUAACUCCAGUUGUUAAGAGAGAUGAGAGCAAAAAGAUAAUUUCCAAGCAAUUUUUUCAAAAGACUGAAAAUGUGUAUGGGUUAGAGUAUAAAUAUCCAAUCAAAAACCUUGCCACUUACAAAAGGGUUGCCUCGAUCGCAGAAAAAAGCCAACCGGUAAAACUACAUAAAAAGAGCUUUAAACCAACUUACGAAGUAGAAAAAGGCAAAAUCGUGCUAUCGCCAACAAGUCCAAAAUCCUUUACAUUGUACAGUAAAUUCUUGAAUUUUGGAACUGAACUUCGAAAAUUCAAUACAAAUUGUUGAUUUUAAGAAAUAUUCUAUUAAUAAACGUAGUUUUCUUAAUUUAAUAUAUUUUAAACCUGUACUUACAGUUGG